CUUAAAAUACGCCCCCCUCUCGCUCUAAAAUUACCGCUUGAAGUGCAUACCUCUCUUUCUCGCCUUCCCGCCCCCCUCUCUCUAAAACUUCCGCUUCAAAUACGCAUCCUCUCUCUCUCUCUCUCUCUCUCUCCAGUUCCUCGUGUUCUGACCAGCCUUCUUUCUCUUGAGAAAACAAACCAUGAAUUCUAAACUACUACAACUUGGCCCAUAUGAUGCCGAUAAUCCAUUAGAGUUAUCUAUAAGGCUGGCGUUCUCGAAAAUUCAUCCUCAACUGAAGCCUCCAUUCUCUCUGAAAAUCUCUUCUCCUUCUGAGUAUGUUCAGCUCAAUCAAGCCCUAGCUUACGCAAUUUUGACCCAACCCCAGCUCUCGAAAGUCCAUAUAACUCAUCUUCACACCAUUGUUACUGAUGGAUAUCGUUCAUUUGUUAGUUUAUUGGUGAAGCUUGUGAGUGAAUCAUACAGAAAGCUUUUUGAAUCUGCUAGGGCACAAUUGAUUUGGGUUUUUGGCAAAUUGAUAGAAGUUGAAGCUCUGGGUGUUGAGAAUCUUUUGGUUUCUCUUUUGAGGCAGAUAAUUAGUGGAGACUUUAGUCAUGAAAGCUUAUGGCUUUCAAUGGAGUUGCUUAAAGUUUUGAACCAAAAUUGGGGGUGGGUUUUGCGUAAACAGAAUUCCAUGACUUCUGCUUUGUUCACAUACCUUCGUCUUUUGGCUGAUCAUUACAAAUUCCCAAACCCAAAUUUGGUUGUUCUCAAGAUGAUGGAAAUUGGGUUUUGUAUCAGAGUUUUGAGGGAAUCAUUUCAUUCAUGUAUGGGGAUUGGAAGGGAUCUUAUUCGUCUUCUACAAGACUUGGUUCUCAUUCCUGAAUUUCGAGAUCUAUGGAAGGACUUAAUUUCAAAUCCUUCUGCAUUUAAUGUUCCCGAGUUCUCUGAUAUCUCUCAAAUUUAUUGCUUGAAAACACCGAACAGGUAUUUUUUGCUUAGAAUUACACCAGAGAUGGAAACCCAACUGAGAUUUAUGCUUAGUCAUGUGAAAUGGGGCAACCAAAUUAGGUACCAAGAAUGGUUUGCUAGUAAGUUCCUCUCAAAGCCAAAUAGAGAAUCAUUGAUAUGCGACAUUAUCCGAUUCAUAUGUUGUGCCCACCAUCCCCCUAAUGAAGUUAUCCAAUCCAAUGUCAUCUCAAGAUGGGCCAUAAGUGGGUGGCUCCUCAAAUGUUGUAAAAAAUUCCAUGUAGAGGCCAAUGCUAAAUUAGCUCUGUUUUAUGAUUGGUUCUUCUUUGAUGAGCAGUUUGAUAAUAUAAUGAACAUUGAACCAGCCAUGUUACUUAUGUUGAACUCCAUACAUAUGCACAUUGAUGUAACUCAGACCCUUCUGGAUUUUUUAUUUCUGGUCAUGGACAAUUAUGAUGUUAACAGGAAGGAGAUCAUAGCCCAAGGCAUAUAUACAUCGCUUCAUGCAUUGGUUAGAAGAGGAGUCGUGCAUUCCUUGGAGCCACUUCUUUCUUCCUCUCGUAUUUCUCCCAUGCUCAGGGAGAAGCUUAAAAAUUGCUACGAUAAGACAUCAAAUGGAUACGGUAAUGCGCUUUUCAAUGUUGCAAAAGGUGCAUUAGGUAGUCCUCGUAAAAUUGCAUCUAGCUUUGAGAGCCUGAAAACGUCCGCAAUGGAGGCAGGAAAUGUGGCAUGUCACAAAACGAAUGGCUUUUCCGAUGGAUCCAUUGACUGUUCAAACAAAAUUAUCGAUAAGCCACUUCAUCCUUUUGCUUCUGCAAAAACUAAUAAUGUGGAUCUUGGUAGUUUAGCCCAGUUCAGUGAUUUUGCUGAUCCUUCUGUUGAAAUUGUUGAUAAACCUAAGGGUGCUUGUGCUUCUAUGAAAAGUAUAGAGACGGAUGUUGGUAAAUUGGAGAAAAUCAGUGAUUUUGCUGAGCCUUCUAUUAAAAUUAUCAAUAAGCCUGCUGAUCCUUGUGCUUCUGCGGAAAAUACAGAGAUAGGUGCUUGUGAUGCACUUUUCAAUGUUGCAAAAGGUGCAUUUGGUACUCAUAAAAUUGCGUCUAGCUUUGAGAGCCUGAAAAUGUCCACAAUGGAGGCAGGAAAUGUGGCAUGUCACAAAAAGAAUGGCUUUUCCAAUGGAUCCAUUGACCGUUCAAACAAAAUUGUCGAUAAGCCACUUCAUCCUUUUGCUUCUGCAAAAACUAAUAAUGUGGAUCUUGGUAGUUUAGCCCAUUUCAGUGAAUUUGCUGACCCUUCUGUUGAAAUUGUUGAUAAACCUAAGGGUGCUUGUGCUUCUAUGAAAAGUCUAGAGACGGAUGUCGGUAAAUUGGACAAAAUCUGUGAUUUUGCUGAGCCUUCUAUUAAAAUUAUCAAUAAGCCUGCUGAUCCUUGUGCUUCUGCAGAAAAUAAAGAGAUGGGUGCUCAUAGUUUACACCAUAUCAACGAAGUUGCCGAACCUUCUGUUAAAAUUAUUGACCAGCCUGCUGAUGCUUGUGCUUCCUAUGAGAACUUAGAGAUGGGUAUGGAUGGUUCAGAGCAUUUGAAUGGAUUUGCAGACACUUCUAUUACAGACACUUCGAUUAAAAUUGUAGAGAAGCCUGCUGAUCCUUGUCCUUCUGUUGAAAAUGAAAUGAUGCACAUCGGUCAGUUAGAGAAUUUGGCAAGCAGCCUUCAGGAAGCUCUAAAAGAUUCAAGAGAAAAAGGAUUGCAUUUGUUAGAGAAAGCUUUGACGUGUCUAGCGACCUCUUCUCAUGCUGUGGUUGGGGGGGAAGCUUUGGCAUGCCAGAUAUCAGAUGCAUUUAAGUCUAAUGGGUAUCAGAUUUUCAUGCCCAUUGCGGGACCAUCGAAUGCCUGUGAAGAUGAUGAGAUUAAGUCUGCAACAGCCUUAGUUAUUCGUGAAUAUAUUAUAACACAUCAUGAAAUCAUACAAGAAUGGAUGUUUCUAUGGGCGAGAAAUGGUCUUCCUGUUGGCUCCCGUUUAUUAUCUUAUAUAUCAAGGCUUGCUCAUGAAGCACAAAAUGAUCCAAUCACAGCUAAAGAUAUUAAUAGCUUUCUUGAAGAUGAGAACCAAGAAAGUGUGGAGCCAACACCAAAACGGCACAAAAAGAUUCCUGUGAAGGAAAUUGAUUUGGAGAAUAGCUUACUGUUGAAAUGGCAUAUCUGUGGGUACACUUCUUUCAUGAGAAGUGGAAGAAAAGGCUUUGCAAGUAAUGGUACCACUCACACUGAAGCAGAUAAUAGCUUGGCUUCUUCUCUGGUUGAGAGUGCUUUUGAUGCAUAUAGAAACUUUCUAGAAACAUACUGCAAUAAAUUGCUACUGAGGAAACUCACUAUUACUUACCCAUUGCUUGCAAAUCCAAAUAGGCUCCCAUGCAAUGCGAGAAGAGUGGAUGAUCCAGCUCUUACUAGGUCCCUUUUAUCUGAUUUGAAGUGCUGCUUUGGGUGGAAAAAGAGAAAUCCACAUAUCAUGUUUGAAAACAUAUUUUCUCACCUUGCUGAUUUAUCUACUUGUAAGAAGCCCAUUGUUCGAUUGCUUUUGGGUAUUUCAGAUCAUGCAGAGCUUUUGAAUAUGGAGUUUGAGAUAGGAUUGAAGAGAUUUUCAGUUUUUGGGGACAAUAUUGAAAUGAUAUGCCAUUUAGUAAAGGAUUCUCUAUACUGGGAAUUUUCAGAGCAACAAAAAUUGUGGGGCCUGUUGGUAUCAGAGUUGUUAGUAUCCACUGUUCCCAAGGCCAAAUUGCUCCAAGAAUUAUGCUUGGCAGUCUUAGAUCUCCAGUUGCAUGUUGUGGCAGUAAGAGGUCUCUUUAUGCUUUUGAAGUCCCUUUCUCCCUCAUUGGACCUGAUUGCUGCUGUAAUGUCAUUACCUCAUUCAUAUGGAAAGUUUGCAGCUGCAGUUUUGGCUAGCUGGUCAGUUUCCCAUGGCUCAAUUUUGCUCGGAAAUUUGGAAGAGUGGUUAAGUAAUACUGUUUCAGCAGGUCGAAGCCAAAGUGUUACUUUUAUUAAUCAAGCAGCUGUCACGGGAUUUUUAGAUUUCCUUGAUUUGGAGAGAAGAGAUUCUUUAAGCUUUAUGGCUGAAAAUGUUUUUGACAUGAGGACUCACUUACUCAAUCUUCUUGACAGAUUACGUUAGGAAUUUUGGUUCGCAAACUAUGGGGAGUUUGGUUUGCUUGGUGUUGGGAUCCAUGAGUGCGUUGAGCUUUUCCCUACAGCUCAGUAGGGUUGGUUUAUGUUGCAGCUGUGUAUAUACUCGGCCAAAGCAAAUAUGGAUGGGAGAAGUGAAGUGUAAUUACAGACCGGAAGAAAGGAUGAGAACAUGCCUGGACAGUGAGUACAAAUGGAAUGGAGAUCCUUUUGACAAGGGGAUCCAAGCUAGUGGAGAAUAAAUGUUCUUUGUCAUCUCUUCAGAGUUCCCUGAGUUUAGUUACAAGGAUAAAACAUUGGUUUUUCUAUUAUUUGUCAAACACUAGCAAAUGCUUGAUUGUGAUGUGGGAUGCAUGAAGUUCCUCGGUGAUAAUGUUGAUCAAAAGAAGUUUGGUGGUGAGCGUGUGAGACACCUUACAGUGGGCUCUUAUGACAGAUUUGGAUCCAGUUAAUAGCAUUGCAAAUUUGACAUACAUUGCAUAUCCUGGUGAUCUGAUUUCUGCUUUCCAUGUAACACAACGAAGGAAGCAAGAUCGCAAGUGUCAACAGUCUCAGAGAAAUGUUUUCCAGUGCUUUGUAUUUGGUCCAAAGAAUGCUGGGAAAUCUGCUUUGCUAAAUGCUCUGAUUGGAAGUGAUAACCAUUCAUCAACAAUGGAAGAGCGUUUUGCGGCUAACAUUAUUGAGCAGCGGUUCUUUUGGCAAGUGCAAUUGUUAUAAAGUGUUCUGAUGAAAGCUCAUGGAAAAGAGCAACUGAACUACUUGUUGAAGUAGCCACUCAUGGGGAAGUCACAGGCUACGAUAUCCCUUGCCUCAUUGUGGCCGCGAAGGAUGACCUGGACCCAUAUCCGUUGGCCAUAUCAGAUUCAACCAGGGUUAGCCAAGAUAUGGGAAUAGAAGCGCCCAUAACAGUCAGUAUGAGAUUAGGAGAUGUGAACAACCUAUUUAGAAGGAUUAUUAAUGCCGUACAACACCCACACUUGAGCAUUCCUUAAACUGAGGCAGGGAGAAACCACAAGCAAUAUCGCCGGCUCGUCAAUAGCUUCAUGUUUGUUUCUGGGAUCCAAGCUAGGGGAGAAUAAAUGUUCUUUGCCAUCUCUUCAGAGUUCCCUGAGUUUAGUUACAAGGAUAAAACAUUGGUUUUUCUAUUAUUUGUCAAACACCAGCAAAUGCUUGAUUGUGAUGUGGGAUGCAUGAGGCUCCUCGGUGAUAAUGUUGAUCAAAAGAAGUUUGGUGGUGAGUGUGUGAGACACCUUACAGUGGGCCUCAUGGCAGAUCACACCUGUCAGUAGCGUGGCGAGUUUGACAUAUUUGGUGAUUUGACUUCUGCUUUGCAUGUAACAUGGUGAAGGCAGCAAGAUCGCAAGCAUCAGCAUCUCAGAGAAAUGUUUUCCAGCGCUUUGUAUUUGGUCUGAGGAAUGCUGGGAAAUCUGCUUUGCUGAAUGCUCUGAUGGAAGGGCCAUUCAGUGACAAAUGUACAUCAACCGUAGAAUAGCAUUUUUGGGAACAUUGUUGAGCCGCAGCCUGGGGAGAUUCCUGCAGAUGGUGUUCAAAGGCAAUGAGGAAUUGCAGUAUUUGCAAGAGGUAGUUAAGGCAUCAAAUGUGCUGAUUUGUGUUGGGAAGAAAAGGGGAAAUAUCGGCUGGAAGGUGUGUGUCAAAAUUUGAGGAAAACAAUGUUUGGGCUAACAAUAGUGAAGAAGACCAACUGAAUGAUAAAUUCCUGUUGCCUGUUCUUUUUGGCAUCCCAGGUGUUUUCAGUAAAAAUUGGGUUGGUAGCUGAAGGUAUUCUAAAAGUGACUUUGUUUAUAA